CCUCAGCACACACGAGCAGCCUUGCAUACAAAAAAUAAGUAACAAAUAACACACAAGGGAGAAUGCUGUCACCCAGCUAAACCUCAGACGGAGAGCCGUGCCCCCCCAGCACCCCCUCCCUUGCCUUGUCCUGUUGAGUGCCUGUCUGAGAUCUGUCCUCACUGAAGGACAUGCUCAUUGACUCGCAUUAUUAGGACGCGUUAAUGAUGCGAGACCGCCGCCUGCCGUAGUGUGAUCAGCGGGCAGAGACAGGUUACCUCACAGAUCAGAGAGAGACAUGCCAGCGAGGAUGUCCGACUGAGACCAGUGCCGCUGCCUGCCGGAGAGCUGUCAUUUUUAACCCACUAUUUUCUGGUUUCCCAUUGUGUUCCUCUGAGACUCGCGCACCUCUCGGAUGGUGGACUGAACAGCUGAAUGUCAGCUGCAUGUGGAGCAUGGGUACAACUGCCAGUGCCGCACCACAGCCUGUUUCUGUAGCGUCGCCGCUUGAGAGUGUCCAUGGCAACGGGAUGGCCGACAGCAGGCAGUCUCUUAGCAUGAGCCCCUUUCAGACAGUCAGCAUCCACAACAACAAGGCCAAGUCCAUUAUCACCAACAAAGUCGCACCUGUCGUCAUCACGUAUAAUUGCAAACAGGAAUUUCAGAUUCACGAUGACAUCCUCAAGACCAACUACAGACUUGGUCGGAUAUCAGACACUAUGCCUGAGCACUACCUGGUGCAGGGCGAGAACUUCAUGGUCCAAGAUGUGUACAGCAAGGCAGAUGUCCUGAAUACCACGGGCAGCUACGGGGCGCCCAACUUCCGCCAAGUCAAGGGAUCCUACCCGCUGUAUGGGAUGGGCCAGCCGAGCCUGAACGGCUUCAGACAGGUUCUCCAGAGGCUCCAGGCCCAAGGACACGAGGAGGUUAUAUUCCUCUGUGUAAGAGAGGAGCCGGUGGUUUUCCUGCACAAGGGUGAUGACUUUGUGCCGUACACCCCCAGGAGGAAGGAAAACCUACACGAAAACCUUCAUGGCCUGGAAAAGGAGGUACUGGUUGAGAGCCUGGAGCUCACCAUCAGGAAGGAGCUCCACGACUUCGCCAAGCUCAACGAAAACAUCUUCUACGUCUACAAUGACAUUGAGUUCUUUAAAGACGAGCCACAGAAGAUCUCCAUCACGUGUGAGGAGGACAUCCAUGUGACUGAAGAGGUCUACAAGAGGCCCAUGUUUACCAUGCCAGCCUACAGGUACUACAGAUUACCGCUACCAAUGGAGGGAGCGCCAUUGGAAGAAGACUUUGACGCAUUUGUUAACAUAGUCAGGGAGAGCCCCAGCUUGUCUGUGGGCCAUGAUGCAUCCCGGCCGCUGCCUUCGCUGCUCUUCAGCUGCCAGGUGGGCGUCGGCCGCACCAACUUAGCCAUGAUCCUGGGCACACUGGUCAUGAAUCGCCUGAGGGGUGAUUCACAACAGCAGUCUCAAGUUGAGGAAGCAGCAGCUCCAGAGCCCAAACCACUUUUCCAGGUCAUCCAGUCUCUGAUCAGCAGGCUGCCUAAUGGGCAGCAGGUCAUGGAAGAGGUUGACCAAGCUAUUGCCCUGUGUUCAGAAAUGCACAACAUAAAAGAAGCAAUAUAUGAGAACAAGAGUAAGCUGGAAGGGAUUGGAGAAGAUUAUCAGAUUCAGGGAAACAGUACCAAAGACUACUUUCUCAACAGAACCAUGCAGAGCUUGGAGUGCUACUUCUACUUGAUUGUAUUUAACGCUUACCUUCAUGAACAGUAUCCUCUUGCCUUUGUGUCCAACUUCAGCCAGUGGAUGUGUUGCCACGUGUGGCUGUACAGGUUGCUGGCCUGCAUGGACCUGUCAGAGCUGUCAGCCUCGGCCGAGCUGGUCACCAGAGGAGCCCGCGUCCUGGUUGCUGAUGAGUACUUGGCUCCUGACGUGCUCAGCACAGUGAAGGAGAUGAAGGCGGUCAACUUCAGACGAGUGCCCAAGAUGCCUGUUUACGGAAUGGCUCAGCCAACAUCAGAGGCCACCGGAGCAGUUUUGGCCCAUCUGACGGAUGAGAAGAGGAAGCACAGCCACGUGCUGUGGGUCAACCUGCAGGAGGAGCUGGUGUUAGAAGGAAAUGGUCAGAUUUUCACGCCGAGGGAGCCCUCGUGUGUGGACCAACACAUUCCUAUCCCAUCAUCUGACCCACAGCUAAUAGAGAAACUUGAGACGUCUCUGAAGGAGACGGUCCUGCAAGCUCAGAAGUGGCUGGAAGUGACGCUGGAGCAGGAGAAACAGAUGAAGAUGUUUAAAAGCUGCCUGACGAUCCAGGAGAUCUUCAACCAGCACAAAAGCUCCCACCAGGGCCUCGUUUACAAACGCAUCCCUCUGCCGGACUACAGCGCACCCAGGGAGGAGGAUUUUGAUAAGCUGCUGGAGGCCAUGAAGAGCGCCUUGGCUGAGGACUCUCACUCAGCCUUCGUGUUUAACUGCUCCAACGGCAAAGGCAGGACCACGACCGCCAUGGUCGUCGCUGUUCUGACUCUCUGGCACUUUAAUGGUUUCCCUGAGUUUGCAGAUGAUGAGAUUGUAAGUGUUCCUGAUGCAAAGUACACAAAAGGAGAAUUUGAGGUCGUCAUGCAGCUGGUUCGUCUGCUCCCUGACGGGCACAGGAUGAAGAGGGAGGUGGACAUGGCCCUGGACUCUGUCAGCGAGACCAUGACCCCCAUGCACUACCAUCUGAGAGAGAUCAUCAUCUGCACAUACAGACAGAUAAAAAGUGGUAAGACCGAGAAGGAGUGUCAACAGCUGCUGCUGAGGAGCCUGCAGUGCCUGGAACGCUACAUUUACCUCAUCCUCUUCAACACAUACCUGCAUCUAGAGAAGAAAGACUCCUGGCAGCGCUCCUUCACUCUCUGGAUGGAACAGGUGGCUGCCAAGGCCGGAGUUUAUGACAUCCUCAACCAGCUGGCCUUCUCCGAGUUUGAAAACCAGAGGGACACGCCGCUGGCCAGGCUGCGCUGCCGCUGGCAACAGCAAAACAUUCAGUCACUUCCUUUCCGAGGGGAGUUCGUUUGAGAGAGGAUCACUGUGAAUGCACCAAAACAGUACUGUGCUUUUCAGAAUAAAAGACAUUUACAGUAAAGUUGUCACGCCUUCUAUAUUUACCCUUGUAUUAUGCAUAUCUUCACUUCAUCUAUGAUUUGUUUUACUAUUGUUUUUUGUUUUUUUUUUUCCAUUUUGUAGGUAUUAAGUCUUAAUGAAAUGUUAAGUCUUAGCAGAAUGUUGAUGAUAUACUAGAAGUUAUUUGUGCCUUUGCCUUUUUUCAAAAGUAGAUCAUAGAAUUGACUAUUAUUUAUGUUACUUUUUUCAAAUUAAGGUAAAAAAACAAAAAAACAAAAACCCCUUUUCCCCCUUUUUUUACUCCUCUCUUUUGAAGAUGAGACAGCCUUUCAAAACUUCUGUUGUGCCAAGACAGAAGUUAAAUGUUGUUAUGGAGGAGAGAAGCAAAUUCCUCUCUGUUGUCAGCCAACAAUUUUGGUUGUAUGUCACAACUGUUUGCUGUCGUGUGACCUGAUAUUUUUCUUGAGCCCUGCCCUUUUCUUCUCAGCACAGCUGUCAUCAGUGGCUGGGCAUUUGUCUGACUUGAGGUUUUUGAAAAAAAAAACAAAAAAAAAAAACCCAAAACAUUCCCUGUGAAUCCAUGAAAGCUGUUGUUAUUAAAAUUUUGUGUCCUUGAAUUUUCUAAAGCUGAUCAGAGUGGAUGUUUUUGAGAACUGAUGGUCAGAGUUUCUGUCGCUACAGUGUAAGAGCAGUGAUGUGUCCCUCUGUUGUACCUGUUUCUUUUUACAUUUAUUUACAUGUCAUGAGACAGGUACUAACAGUACAGCAGGAUUUUUUUUAACUUUGAUUUUACUUUAAAGCUGUAUAUGUGUUUGUAUUCACCUUUGUAUACAUUGGAGCAAUGUUGCUUAAACAUGAAAAUGCAUAUUUUUUUUCUGAGACUCUUUAGAGACGCAUUCUUCUUUCUCACACCUGCAUUACCCACAAUGCAGCCCGACUGCUGACAGUUAAGUCGGCCUAUUUGGUUGCACAGCAGUACUUCCCAAAACCUGUAAACAGACUUUGAUGUGUAAAAUUUUCAGAGUUUCCCUUUAAUCAGCUCAGCCCUCGCAGAAUUGACGACCCCUGCCAGUAAACGGUUGUAGUUCCUGUGACAUCAUCAGUCCGUCAGCAGGAAUCAAAUUAUACGUCUGACGGUAAAAUUAAUGGUUGGAAAAAGCUGGGCCUGCAAAUAUUUGGGUUAAAGAAAACACUGUCUCAAUUGAUGAAUGAUAAAUACACCCUUUAACAAAGGGUAUAUGAAGACAAAAGAUGCAUGAUUCACUCAUCGGGACAAAAAAGGUAUAAUUGCAUUGUCAGACAAACAGGGCAACAGAAUAUUGCUUUUCUUGAACAUGUGCCAGUUAUUGUUUAGUGUUUCUACAUUUCCAGAAUAGGUUUUACUGUACAGCAUUUCUUUAAAACGUCCUAACAUCUUUUUUGUUUAAGUAUGUUUGUUAUUCUUUAAUUUGCUAAUAUGUGUUUAGUUGUAAAGUAACUUGCAGCUUCAAGUGGGCUGUAAAAACCAUGAAUCCUGCCUUAAAACCAGAAAGAUAAGCCAGAAAAAAACCCUAAAAAUCCUUCCUCCCGAUGCCUUUCAUUACGAUUUGUUCUAUUCUGUCAAUGUGUCAUAACAUUUGCACUGUAUAUAACUCAUCUAGACUAAUUGAGCAAAAAGAUUGUGAUGACUGAAAAUAGAAUGGUAAUUGAAAUAGCCUUUUUAUGCUUUAGCAUAAACCCAUCUGUGUGACUUGAUAACACAAGAACAUACAUGUGCAGGUUGUAAUAACGCCUUAAUUUCUUAGCUAUGCUCUUAAUUUAAUGUUUUUUAAACAAAGAAGCGUAUUAUCUUUUAUUCACUUUAUGUAUCAUUUAUUUUCUUUUUGGGGGCUUGAAAUAAAUAAUUCAAAUAGA